CUCUCCCCAGUGGGCUCCUGGUUGCAGAGCUCCCCGCCCUCACGUAGACACACCUGUGUGAGAAGCAGAGGGGAGGAAAGACACAAGCCUGGAGGCCCUGCCCUUUGUGUGGGGAAGGCCCAGGUCCCUGCCUGCCUCAGCAAGGCCACGAUGAGUCGAGGGGCCGCUUUUAGGCACCUGCUCCUGGUGCUGCAGUUGGCAAUGCUCCCCACGGUCCCUCUGGGAAGAGAGGUGGUGUUGGCGAAGGUGGGAGACACAGCGGAACUGCCCUGCCAUGCUGCCCCAGGGAAGAACAUAGUCUUCAACUGGAAACAUUCUUCCAUGCUCAAGAUUCUGGGGCGUCAGGGCUCCUUCUGGCUUACAGGUGUCUCCAAGCUGAAGCAUCGCGUCGAAUCGAAAAAAAACCUGUGGGACCAAGGAUCCUUUCCUCUGAUCAUCAAGGAUCUUGAAGUAGCAGACUCAGGAGUUUACUUCUGUGAGGUAGAAGGCAAGAUGCAAGAGGUGGAGUUGCUGGUGUUCAACUUGACUGCCAAGUGGGACACCGGCAGUGGCGGCGGCAGCAACAUCCGCCUGCUGCAAGGGCAGCAGCUGACCCUGACCGUGGAGGGCCCCUCUGGUAGUAACCCCUCCGUGCAAUGGAAAGGUCCAGGGAAUAAAAGCAAGAGCAGUGGCCAAAGCCUCUCACUGCCUGGGCUGGAGCCGCAGGAGAGCGGUACCUGGACAUGCACCAUCUCCCAGAACCAGAAGACAGUGGUGUUCAACAUAAACAUCUUGGUGCUGGCUUUCCAGAAGGUCUCUAACACAGUCUAUACAAAAGAAGGGGAGCAGGUGGAGUUCUCCUUUCCGCUUAACUUCAAAGAUGAAAACCUGAGUGGGGAGCUGAGGUGGCGGGCAGAGGGGGCUCCCUCCUCCCUGCUCUGGAUCUCCUUCACCUUGGAGAACAAGAAGCUAUCUGUGAAAGAGGUCCACCACCCCAAACUCCAGAUGAAGACUUUUCUCCCGCUCAGCUUUAUCCUGCCCCAGGCUUUGUCUCAGUAUGCUGGUUCUGGAACCCUGACCCUGAGUCUUGCCAAGGGGACAUUGCAGCAGGAAGUGAAUCUUGUGGUGAUGAGAGUGACUAAGUCUCAGAACAAUUUGACCUGUGAGGUGCUGGGACCCACCUCCCCUGAGCUGACUCUGAGCUUGAAUCUGGAAGAGCAGGCUGCCAAGGUCUCAAAGCAGCAGAAGCUGGUAUCGGUGGUGGACCCUGAGGGGGGAACAUGGCAGUGUCUAUUGAGUGACAAGGACAAAGUCCUGCUGGCCUCCAAGGUCAAGGUUUUGUCCCCAGUGUUCACCAAGGCCUGGCCAAAGCUCUUGGCCAUUGUGCUGGGUGGGAUCUUAGGCCUUCUGCUUUUCAUUGGGCUCUGCAUCUUCUGCUGUGUUAAGUGCUGGCACCGCAGGCGCCAGGCAGAGCGGAUGUCUCAGAUCAAGAGACUCCUCAGUGAGAAGAAGACCUGCCAGUGCUCCCACCGGUUCCAGAAGACAUGCAAUCUCAUUUGAGGCGCAGGUCCAGGGGAGUUCCCGCUUGCAGCCUCCCCAGCUGUCUUUCCCCUGCUUUUCCUGCUGGGCUCCUGGGCCUGUGGACCAGAUGAAUGUAGAAGACCCCAGCACUUCCGGCCCACUCCUGCUCUCCUUUGUCCACACUUGGCCCUUGGUCCUCCUCUUGCAGAGGCCUACAUCAUUUCUUCCCCAUUUCCUUUGCAUCAAGCCUAACCCUAUCGAUGAUU